CGCCGGUGAAGGUGAGAGUCUCCUCCAGUCGCCGCGCUCCGCACAGCACCGAGCAGCUCCGGGCUCGCGCUCGAGGUCUCGGCAGACUCCGUCACGAUGGCGCCUCCGUCAGUCUUUGCCCAGGUUCCGCAGGCUCCCCCGGUUCUGGUCUUUAAGCUCACCGCGGACUUCCGGGAAGAUCCACAUCCCCUCAAGGUUAACCUCGGCGUGGGAGCAUACCGCACGGAUGAGUCUGAGCCCUGGGUUUUACCAGUAGUGAAGAAGGUAGAGCAGAGGAUUGCUGAGGACAGGAGACUCAACCAUGAGUACCUGCCCAUCCUGGGUCUGGCAGACUUCCGGAGCCUUGCUUCUCAACUUUUACUUGGGGAGAACUGCCCAGCUCUCGAGGAGAAACGGGUCGGAGGCGUGCAGGCUUUGGGAGGAACAGGUGCACUUCGAAUUGGAGCUGACUUCUUAGGGCGGUGGUACAAUGGCAUAGACAACAAGGACACACCCAUCUAUGUAUCGUCGCCAACCUGGGAGAACCAUAAUGCUGUGUUUGCGGCUGCCGGCUUUACAGACAUUCGGUCCUAUCGCUACUGGGAUGCAGAGAAGAGAGGACUUGACAUCGACGGUUUCCUGAGUGAUCUGGAGAAUGCUCCUGAGUUCUCCAUCUUUGUCCUCCAUGCCUGUGCACACAACCCAACCGGGACCGACCCGACUCAAGAGCAGUGGAAGCAGAUCGCUGCCGUCAUGAAGCGCCGUUUUCUGUUCCCCUUCUUUGACUCAGCCUAUCAGGGCUUUGCAUCUGGAGACCUAGAGAAAGAUGCGUGGGCUAUUCGCUAUUUUGUGUCUGAAGGCUUCGAGCUCUUCUGUGCCCAGUCCUUCUCCAAGAACUUCGGGCUCUACAAUGAGAGAGUGGGGAAUUUGACCGUGGUUGGAAAAGAAUCCGACAGCGUCUUUCGGGUCCUUUCCCAGAUGGAGAAGAUUGUGAGAAUCACUUGGUCCAAUCCCCCUGCCCAGGGAGCACGGAUCGUGGCCUUGACCCUCUCUGACCCUGAGCUCUUUAAGGAGUGGAAAGGAAACGUGAAGACAAUGGCUGACCGGAUUCUGACCAUGAGAGCUGAACUCAGGGCACGAUUAGAAUAUCUCAAGACUCCUGGGACCUGGUCUCACAUCACUGAUCAGAUCGGAAUGUUCAGCUUCACUGGGUUGAACCCCAAGCAGGUCCAGUAUCUGGUCAAGGAAAAGCACAUCUACCUGCUUCCGAGCGGUCGGAUCAACAUGUGCGGCUUAACCACCAAAAACCUGGAUUACGUCGCUACCUCCAUUCACGAAGCCGUCACCAAAAUUCAGUGAAGAAACACCUGCGCAUACGUGCCACCAAAGCGGUUCCUUGCCACGUCUUCCUUGCCUGCGCAAACCUAGCUGUACAUACCCUGGAUUAGAGUAAUCAUGGUGAAGCAGCUGCUGUGUAGCCGGCCCCAUGUGAAGAAGACAUUUCUUGAACUGGGGGUCCUAGGAUUAGAGACUUUUGGAAUCCAGAGCAAAUUAAAGUUAUUUAAGAAUUUAAAAGUACUUUGAUAUGAGAUGUAGUUACCUUGCCUUCCUCUCUAUCAGUCUGCGGGAGCACUGCCCACGGAGCCUUGACUCUGUACAAAGUCCAGUCCCAAAGAUCAAAUUGUCCGAGGAGCCGGGUUUGACUGUGGGUGUUGGCUGGGGCAUUAAAAUCAAUCAUGUCCACCCUAUCUCUUGUCUCCCUGAUCUUUCUGCAUGUUGUGUCCCUCGUAUGGAACAUUCGUUUUUAAGUCACCUGCGGCCAACAUUUACAUCAUGACACACAAACAGAUUUGCGUAUUUAACCGAAUGUUCCACUAGAUGCUAUUUGCCCUUGUGACGUGUAGCACAUUGUGAUAUUUUCUUAGUAUAUUCUGUUGUGUUCUGUUUCCUUAAAAAUAAAAGUGCUGAUCAAGACAAA